CCUCCGCUGUCGCCGCUCCGUCGCUGCUCCCAUCCGCUCCGGCUCUCUUUCUUUGGCACUGGGACUUCUCGCUUUAUCCUCCUGCUCCUCCGCGCCCACGACCCGUCCCGGAAUCCCCCCCUCGGAUGCCGCACAGCCUCACACCUUUUGGACCCGCACCCCGGCCAAUGCACGCCUGCAGCUCCACACGCAGGGAAAAGCAACACUACUCCGUUUUAAUCUGAUCCCACUGCGGAUUGACUCGAACCAGAGGCGGACCAGGGAAGCAGCCGGUCACUGACGGUGGCAAGGAUCUUCUAACGCCAUGCCGGUGCCUGACCAGCCUGCUGAGCAGGAAAAGGGGGCCAUGGUACCACCCGUGAUACCGUCCUCCAAUGGAGACAGAUCUGAGUCAGAGACCACCUCCUCCAUUUUGGCCUCUGUCAAAGAACAGGAGCUUCAGUUUGAGCGUCUGACCCGGGAGCUUGAAGCUGAGCGUCAGAUUGUCGCCACCCAGCUGGAGAGAUGCAAACUGGGAUCUGAGGCAGGAAGCAUGAGCAGCAUCAGUUCGACAGAUGAGCAGUUUCGUUGGAAUGCACAAGCAGAUGGACAAAAGGACAUCGAGGAUGAGUUGACCACCGGCUUGGAGUUAGUGGAUUCCUGCAUUCGCUCCCUCCAGGAAUCAGGGAUUCUAGACAGUGGUGAACGACCAGCUCUCCUUUCCCAGAGUUCCUUGCAGCUCAACUCCACCCCGGAGGCUUCGCUCCAGUACUCUGCCAGCUACCAUAGCAACCAGACCCUCGCCCUUAGCGACAGCAUCUCCGCAGCAACUCCUCAGCGCAGCGGGCAGGUUGGAGGAGCCGUGCACAGCUACAACCAGGUGACGUCGAGCCGCGCAGCACAGCAGCAACAGUCACAGAGUGGCACUGGUCCAGGUAUCUACUACUCUAGCUCCACCCUCCCAUCCCAGCGGGUCAGUUCUCCAUUAACCGGAGGGUCGGGAUCCCCUGGUAAGCUGCAGCGUUUGGGGUCCUCCUCAGAUUCUCCAGGGUACUCCACCACACAGCGCUUGCCUUCCUCCGCCUCCCCGUCCUCCUCUCCCAACAAGCAGCCAUCUUCCAAUCGCCUGGCCAAGUCGUUCAGCACCACCACUGCUGUGACUACAGGAGGCGGCGGUUCUCCCCUGAGGGUGGCAUCCCCACCCAGCUCAACCGCGGGGGGAGGUGGCAGCUCAUCUUCCCCUCUUCACCAGAUGAGUUCAGGAAUAGGCAGUUAUGCCACUUUGUCUCCAAAACGCCUGGCAGCUCACCACGCUUCAGACCAGUACAAGAUUUCUCACGAACUCUACGCCACAGCAACAUUGCAGAGGCCAGGCAGUCUGGCAGGAUCUCGUGGCUCCUACAGUAGUCAGCACAAUCAGGAACCCCUUCGGCCUUUGGGGUCGCCAGAGCACCUUAUAGAUCCCAUCUAUGAAGAGCGUGUCUACCACAAGGGCCCCAUGAGGAGCCUUAGCCAGAACCAAGGGCCUGACAGCGGCCCCUAUCGCAACAACACUGACCUGACCCAACGUGCCCAUGAGCAUGUGUUAAGUUAUGUCCUCUGUCCCUACUUUCCCCACGUAGCACCCUCCUCCCCUGGUGUCGACUCCGCCCCUCUGCAGCGCGCCGGAACUGGGAACUACAGCCGCGGGGGGAACAAUAACUAUGCCACAGUGGGACCCGGCUACACUUCCAGCGGAGGUGGAGACAUGUAUGGCUCUGACCCCUACGUCGCUGACCCUUACCGCACCCUCCAGUACUGCCCCUCCGUGGUGGAAUCACCUUACAGCAAAUCGGGACCCGCUCUUCCCCCUGAAGGGAGCCUGCAGCGAUCCCCUUCCAUCGACUCCAUCCAGAAAGACCCAAGAGAGUUCGGGUGGAGAGAUCCGGAGCUGCCAGAGGUGAUCCAGAUGUUGCAGCACCAGUUCCCAUCAGUUCAGUCCAAUGCGGCGGCGUAUCUUCAGCACCUCUGCUUUGGAGAUAACAAGAUCAAAGCUGAGAUCCGGAGACAAGGUGGGAUUCAGCUGCUGGUAGACCUGCUGGAUCACAGGAUGUGUGAGGUCCACCGCAGUGCCUGCGGUGCCCUCAGGAACCUGGUCUACGGCAAAGCCAAUGAUGAGAACAAAGUGGCCCUGAAGAACUGUGGUGGGAUCCCUGCGCUGGUCCGUCUGCUCAGGAAAACUGCAGAUGUGGAAAUCAGGGAGCUUGUGACCGGCGUGCUGUGGAAUCUCUCGUCAUGUGACGCUCUGAAGAUGCCUAUCAUCCAGGAUGCCCUCGCUGUCCUGACCAAUAGCGUCAUCAUUCCACACUCCAACUGGGACUCCUCCCCCAAUCACCAUGACGACCGCAAGCUACACCUCCAUACUUCCCAGGUGCUGCGCAACGCUACUGGUUGCCUGAGGAAUGUGAGCUCAGCAGGUGAGGAGGCGAGACGAAGGAUGAGGGAGUGUGACGGCCUGACAGAUGCUCUUCUCUACGUCAUCCAAACCUCUCUGGGCAGCAGUGAAAUUGACAGCAAGACUGUGGAGAACUGCGUGUGUAUCUUGAGGAACUUGUCAUACCGCUUGGCUGCCGAGACGUCACAUGGCCAGCAGGUCGGGCUGGAGGAGCUGGACGGCUUGCUCUGCGACGCCAACGGCCACGAUGGGGAGAGUUCUGGCUGCUGGGGGAAGAAGAAGAAGAAAAAGAAGGGAGCUGACCAGUGGGACGGCGUGGGUCCUUUCCCGGACACAGCGGAGCCCCCCAAAGGCGUUCAGAUGCUCUGGCACCCCACCAUUGUCAAGCCCUACCUGACCCUGCUAUCAGAGUGCUCAAACCCAGACACCCUGGAGGGAGCAGCUGGAGCCCUGCAGAACCUGGCUGCAGGCAGUUGGAAGUGGUCAGUGUAUAUUCGGGCGGCCGUACGCAAGGAGAAAGGACUUCCCAUCCUGGUGGAGCUGCUGAGGAUAGACAACGACAAGGUGGUAUGUGCUGUAGCUACUGCCCUGCGAAAUAUGGCCCUGGACAUCAGGAACAAAGAGCUCAUCGGAAAAUAUGCAAUGAGAGAUUUGAUCCACCGGUUACCAGGCAGCAGCAGCAGCAACAACAACGCCACCAGCAGUGGAACUGCUGGCAGCACAGGACCACCCAGCAAGACAAUGUCGGAUGAUACAGUCACUGCCAUUUGCUGCGCUCUGCACGAAGUUAUCACCAAGAACAUGGAAAACGCCAAAGCUCUUCGUGACGCCGGUGGCAUCGAAAAACUCAUCGGGAUUGCUCGCAGCAAAGGAGACAAACACUCGGCUAAAGUGGUGAAAGCUGCAUCUCAGGUGCUCAGCAGCAUGUGGCAGUACAGAGACCUGCGCUCGCUCUACAAGAAGGACGGCUACGCUCAGUAUCACUUUGUUGGGUCGGCGUCAACAAUAGAGCGAGACAGACAGAGACCCUACUCGUCCUCACGAACGCCCUCCGUCUCGCCAGUCAGGACGUCGCCAAAUAAUCGCUCUGCGAGCGCCCCAGCUUCUCCCCGCGAGAUGAUGAGUCUAAAGGAACGCAAGAUCGACUAUGAUUCCACGGCAACCAACGCUGGUUUCCAUAGCAACAAAGGAGAGCACACAUCCCGGAAAGACGGCAUGGCAGUUCAAGUGUCCUGUGGGACGUCCACGUUAUUCCGAAACUCUUACAUGACUGCCAGUGAUGAGCUGAAGCCAAAUCAGGCUCCAGUCCAGCCCUGCAUCGUGCCCCCCCAGCCUCAGCAGGAUAUCCCAUCAGCAGCGGUUCUAAAAGACUACGACCCCUAUCCCCCGCCCCCCUCCUUCCCCCAGCCUCUGCCCCCGCAGCCGCCACCUCACAGCCAGAGCCGGAGCUUCGACGAUGUCUACUACGAGGACCAGGGACCGCCGCCGCCUCCAUCUCAGCCACAGCCGCAGGUUCAGGCCCAGCCUCAGGCCCAACCCCAGCAGCCUCCGAGCACAACCGGACCACCGCGGGACCCUCGGGAGGACCUGCGCAUGCACCUGGGUCUCAAAUCCACAGGCAACUACGUGGACUUUUACUCAGCAUCGAGGCCAUACAGUGAACUGAACUACGAGACCAGCCACUACCCAGCCUCACCCGACUCCUGGGUUUAAUCGGACUACACUGACUGGGGACGGGGUCUUUGUGUGCGUGCAGAAUUGUUUAGUAACCUAUCAACAGCAGACCGACCAGGUGACUCGAUAUUUAAAGGUGUCGUCACAUCAUAUGGCAGGAUCAUUUGUGUUGUCUGGAACCGGGUCCACGUGCACAGUGGGGCUUAUCUAAACUUGUGUGGUCCUUCAGUCUAUUGGAGCUUUAGAGUGAUCAGCAUCACCUCAUGGUCUUUCAUUUCUACUUUCAUGUCCCCUUUGAUGAGAGUAGAUUAGAUCACAAUCUAUUUCUGAAAUGUCAUGUGGUUUUGCUUUGAUACCGGACGGAGGGACGACAAGCAAGUUUAGUUUGUGAUGACAAAAGUUCUUCUCAGACAAAGUAACAUGAGCACAAACACUGAUUUGACUUGUAGUAGAGAGUGUUAAAAAUGGAAAACUGUGAUGACAUACUCAACCUGGAUCAAGAUAUAUUCAAUAUAUUUAUAUAUGUGAAUAGUUAUUUGUCAAUGCUCGACAGCUUUUGUCUGUUCUCGUGUCCCGAGUAGAUAUCACAAGUUUGUAUGAGUCCCUGUGCACAUGUGAACUGGGCCACGGCAAAAGAGAGGUGGGGUUUUUUUCCUUUCUUUUUUUUUUUCUUGUUCAGACAGAUGGUGCAUGUGCAUGCCGACAUUUUCUUUAUCUUUCACACCGCAUCAUUUCUUGAUUCUCAGCUUUAUUGCUCCGCUGAAAGACAGGAAGCACAUGGGAUUUGAGACGAGAAAUUAAAAGGGGGAGAGAGUGUUUCAUGAGAGAGCGGAGAGAUCAAGGAAUUGCGAGGAAGUGGAUGAGCGAGAGCUCUUAAAUCUGCAGGUGGGGGAAGUGACCUGACCUUUUUGUUGGAGAAAGUGAGACAAAGAUGGCCUGACGGUCCUGGAGAGGGACAGCAAGAAUAAAAGCACAUUGGAAGAUGAAAGCACAUCAAGUGGAUCUUUUUUAUCGUUUCACCCAAAAACGUAGCACUGCUUCUAUGCCCUGGCUUUUUUUUUUUUUAAGUUGCGACGGCCUGUAGUCGUUUCAGAGGAAUGUCAUCACAGACUUUUUCUGUCGUCAUUUUUUUGCAUCGGUUUUAUUUUUUUACUUUUCUACAACCUUAAAGAGAAGUCAUUGUUAUUUUUCUGUACACAGUUUAAAGGAGAUUACAGAGGUUGUGUAUAUUACACACGCCACUUGUGAUUGUUUUCAACCAACUGACUGACUUUAAAAAAAAAAAUGUGAGAGACACAAGAAACAGCCAACGACACCAGUGAACAUUAAUUUUCCUCAUUUGAUAAGGGGUUUUAAUGUUUUUUUUUCUUGUGAAUAUUGUGAAAAGCAGUUUCCCGCUGACGCUACAUCAUCAUCCUCACCCUCAUCAUCAUCACUGCCUAAAGAACGCACAUCUGCCCAAACCGCACUCAUGUUCCAAGACAGCAUUUAAAUUUGAGUUCUUCAAGAUGCCGCACCUAUUUUCCUCCACAUGUCUAUGGUUCAAGCUGACUGGUGAAGAUCAGACUUCCUUAGCGAUGGGAUCAUGAGGUUUCGUGAAACACUGGCCUCAUUUUCAGAGACCACUAGGUGGCACUGGUGGCUCUCAAAUAUUUGGCUUUGAAGAAACCCUUUUUUUAAUGAGAGCGCCACCUGCUGAGCUCUGAGAACACUGUUUCAUGAAGCCUCAUCAGCCUAUGAUGAGAUUUAAGAGUCCACAAGAGGACUCGAGGUUAAACAACUGGAGCUUUAUGAGGAUAAUUAAUCACACAUUUCACUGAAGGUAAUCGAUGCAAGACCUCAACCUUGCCGACUUCAUACUUGUAGCUUCUUGUUAAGCUUGCCUGGACUGGCAGAGCAAUUCAUCAUGGGGAAACACUUUUAUUUUGAGAUUGUCAUUUGAACCAUUAGAAAUGUAGCUGCUGCAGUCGGCUAAUAUUUGGAAAAGAAAAUGUGAGCAACGACUAAACAUGAAUAUUCUGUGGUCAAUUCAAAUUGUGCCAUGCCUCAGUAUAAUCCAUUACUUAGUACUGUGGAAUGUGCAUUUUAAGCCCUCAAAUUCACAAUGAGCCUUUAGAGAUCACACCGUCACUGGAGAAGCACUGAGACAGCACAUCCCUCCGCCAAGGAGGUCAUUUCACAUGACUUUUAGAAACACAGCAGAAAGCCACAUCAAUAGAAGAACUUCUCUGAUACAAGAAUUGUGUUGACUCAGGGCAAGAGAAGAGGUUCCCUCACCAGGGACUCAAAUCCGGGCCUUUGAAGUAGGAAGGUGAUUGUGGUUUAUGAUAUCAAGAUUUCAGUUGUUUGCUCGCUCAGAAUGCAUCUGCCGAGGAGCACCAGUUGGAAGUCAUACAUGUGAGCUCAGCAUCCUGAGUAAAUUCAACAUCAUUCAAAAACUUUUUUUCUUUUGCUGGAGGCUCCAACAUGCAGAACUAGUGACAGGAAAAAUCCGUGAAACAUAAUGGCUCCAGAGACUAAGAAGUUGAUACCGCGCUACUUCUAUGCACUUAGUCAUGUGAUUUAAUAUCUUCUCACACACAGUUGAUGCCACUGAUCAGCUAAAAGUAAAAGGAUUCGGGGGGAAAAGUGAAGGGUCUUGAAGAACUUGAGUAGAAAACUAUUGACCAUGUGACCACCUGGAUGACUGACCACGGACACACCUGUGAAUAAGAACCAUGCAGCAGACCGAGCAUUCGACCACUUCUGGAGUGAAACGGAUGGGACUUUGUGCCAAACUUUGACUGUACCAGUCCUGCAGGACUAUUAGGGGACACUCUGUCAAAGUUUACAGACCACACGACUCCCUCAGCUGUUUGUAACUUUGAUUUCUAUUGUGUUCUGGUUAGGUGAUACCCCUGGGGAUCAUAGGUAAAGUCCCCUCCCAUAGAUGUACAGUACUGACCUGCCUAUCCUGUGUAGGUACUGUGUGUGUGUGCGUGUGCGCUUGUGUGCGUGGGUGUGUCUGGGUGAGUGUGUGAGUGUACAUAAAUGUGAGCGAAUGUAUUUAUGCAUGCAUGUGUGUAGUAGUGUGCGUAUGCCUCUGUUGUGUGUAUGUGUGGGUCUGCGUUCCUGUAUAAAUCGAUGUCCGAUCAUGGCAUUCCUACUGACGAGAAUUUUAAGGAGAACAACGAAGAUAAAACUCACUCGACUGAACUGUUGAUAUAGAAUGACAAAUCUAUAAAUAUAUGAAUAUAAAUAUAUAUAAUUUUUAUGUGCCGAUGUCAAUGUCACUUAACGCAACCAGAGAACAACGUGGUGAACGACGACAGGACUAUUGUUAGCUCGAUUUAAAUGUGGAAACUGCUGGUCGGGCCAGGCCCCACCCACCGACCCAUCCACCCCGCUCCCCCUCCACCCA